AUGUGCGCGGGAUGUCAUGUCGAAGUGCCGCGGGAAAUAGUGACAAAACGAGCGGUAAUCAGUGUGCGUACGACGGACAAUGCGUGCUUCGCGUGGUCGGUGGUCGCCGCUCUACAUCCGGCUGAAGAACAUGUGCAUCGGGAAUCAUCGUAUCCGCAUUAUACGACAGUGUUAAAUUUCACAAACAUCGAAUUUCCAAUGAUAUUGAAAGACAUUCAAAAAUUCGAGCAAUUGAACGACAUGUCAAUCAACGUGUAUAACAUCGAGAAUAAACGGGUCCUUCCUGUAUGGUUCACCAGCGACAAGAAAGAGAAACAUGUCAACAUGCUAUAUCUGCAAGAUCCACGCAACGACGAUGUAGGCCAUUUUGCGUGGAUUAAGAACCUGUCGCGCCUCGUGAGCUCGCAACUCAGCAAACAUAAGAAUAAAAAAUUUUUCUGCGAUCGAUGCUUGCACUACUUCAGUACGAGCGAAAAAGUGGAGUUACACGCAAUAGACUGCGGAAAAAUUAAUGAUUGUGCCAUCAGACUGCCGAGCGAGGACGACAAAUGGCUCGAAUGCAACAACCACUACAAUAAGGAGCGCAUUCCAUUCAUCGUCUACGCCGACCUGGAGUGCGUUCUGCAGAAGACGGAGCCCGACAAGGAAGAUGCGUCGUACACA